UCAGUGCCGAACAUCUGGGCUGAGCCACUGAUAGAGCAAGGGGAGGAGCUCGGACGGGGGCUUGCCCGGCCCUUUAAUUGUGCGCAACGCUGUGGGCGAAAAACGAGGGGCGAAGUGGCCGCUUGUUGAUUCCGCACUGUUGAGAUUUACCAGAUCUUCUUUACUUUGCCAGAGGCAGGUAGACGCAUCUGAGCCCAACGCCGAAGCCCAGGUAAUUAUUAGCAGUGCUGUUCGGGUCAACGUACUGGAGGAGGGGACGACGAAUCACCGCCGAGCUGCGUUUCUCGAAACGGAGGAAGGAAAGCAAAGAACCGGAGGACUGGCGAGAGCAGCCUGCGCUUCUCUCUGCUUGUUCUCUCCUCCCGUGUUGCGGAUUCCCUUUCGUUGAAGAUGGCGGCCCCGAUGCUCUCCGGCAGGACAGGAUCUGUCAGUAACUCGGCUAUGAACACCGGACUGAACAACAAUAACAAGCCGGUCGGCGGCUUCCCGGAGCUCGACUUCAGGUCUGGGGCGCGCAUGGAGGAGCUCAACCGGCUCAUCCAGGAGUUCGGCAAGCACGAGCAACGCGAGUACGAUGAUCAGCGGGCUCUGGAGAUCCAUACGGCCAAGGACUUCAUCUUCUCAAUGCUGGGUAUGGUUCAAAAACUGGACCAGAAGCUACCAGUUGCUAAUGAGUACCUGUUACUUUCGGGAGGGGUCCGAGAGGGUGUGGUGGACAUGGACUUGGAUGACCUCAACAUCUAUGCUAGGGGCACUGAUUAUGACAUGGACUUCACUCUAUUGGUCCCUGCACUCAAGCUUCAUGACCGCAACCAGCCAGUGACACUGGACAUGCGCCAUUCUGCACUUUGCCACUCUUGGCUAAGCCUCCGUCUGUUUGAUGAGGGGACCAUAAACAAAUGGAAGGACUGCUGCUCUGUAGUAGAUCAUAUCAAUGGAGCUACGAAUUACUUCUUUUCGCCCACCAAAGUCGCCGACUGGUUUCAUGACUCAAUCAGCAUGGUGUUGGUGGAAAUUCAGAAGAAGCCUCAGCGGGGAAUGCCCAAGGUGGAGAAGGUAGAGAAAAAUGGGACAAUAAUCUCUGUUAUCUUGGGUGUUGGUAGCAGUCGCAUGCUCUAUGAUAUUGUCCCUGUUGUGUCCUUUAAAGGUUGGCCGGCAGUGGCUCAAAGCUGGCUGAUGGAAAACCAUUUUUGGGAUGGCAAGAUAACCGAGGAGGAGGUCAUUAGUGGCUUCUACCUUGUGCCUGCUUGCUCAUUCAAAGGGAAGAAGGAAAAUGAGUGGCGACUGUCCUUUGCCCGGAGUGAAGUGCAGCUCAAAAAAUGCAUCUCAAGCAGCCUCAUGCAAGCCUAUCAGGCUUGUAAAGCUAUCAUUAUCAAGCUGCUAUCAAGACCAAAAGCCAUUAGUCCCUAUCACCUGCGUAGCAUGAUGCUGUGGGCUUGCGACAGACUCCCCGCCAGUUACCUUUGCCAAGAGGACUAUGCUGCCCACUUCCUGCUUGGCCUGAUCGAUGACCUUCAGCACUGCUUAGUCAAUAAGAUGUGCCCCAACUACUUCAUCCCUCAGUGCAACAUGCUGGAACACCUGUCCGAAGAGACUGUGAUGCUUCAUGCUCGUAAGCUGUCAUCAGUACGGUCUGACCCCUUGGAGCAUCUGCGUACGGCCAUUGAGCACGUCAAAGCUGCCAACCGCCUGACUUUAGAUCUUCAGCGGAGAGGCAGUACCUCAAGCAUUCCUUCACCACAGUCAGAUGGCAGCGGUACCGCUGGAGACCACCAACCUGAUGACCGCCUUGCAAAGAAGUUACAGCAGCUGGUGACAGAGAAUCCCGGAAAGUCCAUUUCUGUGUUCAUAAACCCUGAUGACGUCACAAGGCCACAUUUUCGCAUUGACGACAAAUUUUUUUGAGACUGUGUAGCUUGCCGCAGUUGCUGGAAUUCUAUGUCUUUCAUUGUCUUACUUUGUCUGCUGUGUAUGUGUACACGUUUUUUGUUUUUAAUUAUUUUUUUCCUUCCUUUUUUAUGUCUCUAGUUCAAUUUCCAGCUGUACUGUUUAUGUGCUUGGGAUGAGAAAGUGUUGGUGAGGGGUGGCCUGUUAGCUUUGAAAGGAGAACUUAGAUGGACCUGAAAGAUGGAUGCAUAUUUAUGGAGGUCUGAGUCACACUUAUCCAUCACCUUCGUGGGAUUAAAGCUCAAGUUCCUCCCAAGGUGGUACCAUGUUUCUCCAAGUGACUUGGUACUCUGCUUUGAAGGAGCAACAACUCCCCCUUUGCCUCUAGGGCAGCUAGUGCACCUUGGUUUUUGGCACUGCACGGUUUAAAUAUUAAACUUAAUAGCUAAUGACUUAUGAUAUUUUUAGCAGAAAAGUCCUCAUCAAGUGCAAUCGGAAUACCCAUGAGAGGGUCAGUGCUGCCUCCUUUAUUGAUAUGACUCUUCACAAUCCUGAAUUACAUACAUACUGUAACUUAGCAAAUGGAUGGACCCUUUUUUUAAUAAUUUCUUGGUGCUUACAGAUUUAAACACAUGAUGGCCAGUCUGAACAAUCGAAAAGUAAGGUCUGCCAAAAUGGGGGCAGCAAAGUUCUCCUUUGCAAAGCAGCAUCCAUGUGUUGUUUUAUCAAAUGGGGAGAAAAGUGUUAAUGCAGGGUGUGUGAUACUUGCAACAGAAACUGAGAUGUACAUUUGACUUUUUUUUUAUUUAUUUGCAGAAGCUAAGCAUAAAGAUGUGCUUUUUUAUUAUGCAAGUUAAGUUAAUAAAGUCCACUGCUCUCAUAAAAUAUUUGUAUGUAUAUAUGCUAUAUCAAAAACCAUGUCUCAGAAUCAAUGUAUAUCUGCCAUCAUUUCUUCUGCCAUGGUGGACUGCUGAAGGUGUCUCACUCCAGCAUUAGUAGGGAAAGAAUGCUUUUUAUAUCUGUUUAAAAUAAUAAAUGGACUUCAUAACA